UCCAUGGGGAACCGCUUCACACGCUGCUGAGCACUGCCCGCUGGCGUUCCACAUCGACGGAAUUAAAAGAAAAGUGGAAUUGAUGGAUCAGUGCUGAGCCUUUGGGAUUCUUCUUACCUUAAUUUUUUCGAAUGAAUUUUUGAUGUUUCUGUCUGUGGAAUGAUGGUUCUGGUGGUGUUCGUGGUUCCCCUGCUUGUUGUUGGACUGGAAGUUGUCGCUGCCACAGAGCUGCGCUUCAUGCCCGACCCACCGACGCUGAACAUCCACGGCGUCCACAGGAUUAACAAAUCUGACAACCUGGAGCUUACAUGCAGAGGUCGUCAGUACCUGGGAUGGUCCACCCCCCCUACCAGCGCUCGCUUGUCCACCAGCGACUGCAGCGGGUCAGGACUGUUCUGCACCACGUUGCGGAUCUCCAAUGCCACCGUCAACGAGACGGGGCAGUACCAGUGCUCCUACCGGGACCUCCAAGUGGAGGAUGGCAAGACUUCAGCGGCGGUUUACGUGUUUGUUCAUGACUACAAGGCACCAUUUGUUCCUUCGGAGAAGGAAUACGAGGUGGUGGUCAUCCGUGAAGGCGAGCGAGUGGUCAUUCCGUGUCGAGGAUCUCUGGAGAAUCUCAACGUGACGCUUCACACUAAGUAUCCAGACAAAGAAUUUCAGCCUGAUGGCAAAGAUACCCUGUGGGACGCCAGGACCGGUUUCACCAUCCCCAGUCACCUAAUCAGCUACGCCGGCGUGGUGUCCUGCCAGACUCGAAUCGAGAACGAGACCUUCAAGUCCCCACUGUACAUCGUCGCGGUCGUCGGAUACAAGAUCUAUGACCUCACCCUGACCCCCACUCGAGUCAGGCUCUGUGUCGGCGAGCGGUUGAUGCUGAGUUGUACUGCGCACACUGAACUCAACGUCGGCAUUGCAUUCAACUGGACGCACACCGGUCUGGCCUUGGACAGUACCACCGAUACCCACACACAACUGGCCCCAGAGAGCGUUUCAGGGUCCGCCCACACCACAGCUCACAAGAAGAAGCUGUGGAACUCGCUGGAGUUGUCCAACACGCUCAUCGUGGACAACGUGACGGUGGAGCACUCUGGAAAAUACGUCUGCACUGCUUCUAGUGGACAGAUGGAUAUAAGCGCAUCGGCCUUCCUCGUCGUUUACGAGAAGCCUUUCAUUGAAAUGAAGGAGCCAUGGACGAAGGUUUGGGAGGUCAAUGUGGGGGAUCAGUCUUCCACAGUCAUACCUGUCAAGUACUCGGCAUACCCUGAACCCAGCUUUAAAUGGUUGAAAAAUAGCCUCCCGCUGAAGGAUGACUACAGGAUCAAGCAGAGAAGCGAUGCCCUCAUUUUCCGUGGAGUCACGGAAACGGACGCGGGAAACUAUACCAUGGUCCUGACCAACAAGAUCACCAAAGAGGAGCACAAGAGAUCUUUCCAGCUUCUGGUCAAUGUUCCUCCUUCUAUCAUUGAGAAGGAGGUGGCGGUGGACACGGACGUGUACCUGUAUGCAAGCAGCCCCACGCUCAGGUGCACCGCCCGCGGCUUCCCUACACCAGCACACAUCCAGUGGCAGUGGAUGUCCACAGACGACUGUCCCGAGGCCUUCGUACCUGUGCUGCCGAAGACUGAGAUGCCGUUACUGCAUUGUAAAGCUUGGCGGGACAUCAACAACGGCACUGGACACAACCCUGUGGAGCGGAUCUCCACUGACGUCGAUCACGACCACAAGAAAAUUGUGAGCUCUUUAAAGAUCCAGAAAGCUGAGGUCCACGCUCUCUACCGAUGCAUGGUGGCCAACAAAAUUGGAGAAGAUUCACGCGUCAUUUUUUUCCACGUGACACGAGGCCUCGAGCUGAGCGUGUCCCCGUCCAACGACCCUCUGGAGGAAGACCGCGUGGUCCUACGCUGCAAGGCGGACAGGUUGGUGUACGAAAACCUGACCUGGUUCCGCGUCGCCAACCAGUCCGAGUCGGCACGGGCGCCGUCGGUGCAGCCGUGCCGCUCGGUGGCGCUGCAGCGUACGCCGCUGUCGCGCGCCGCACUGUCCGGUGAGCGCGGCGCCAACCUGACUUUGGAGCUGCUGCUGCCCAACGCCUCCCGCCAGGAUGAGGGCAUGUACGCCUGCCAGGUGGAAAACAUCAAGACCAAGGAGAGAACCUGCCUGCUGCGUCAUCUGUCUCUCAGAGGUCUUGAGGCCCCAAGGAUCCUCAACAACUUUACGGACCAAAAAGUCAACGUGAGCGCCACCGUCAUGCUCCUGUGUGACGCAGCCGGGACGCCGGACCCGACGGUGGUGUGGACCAAAAACAACCACACGGUGGUGGAGGGCUCCGGCGUGAUCCUGAGCCGCAGCAGUCACCUGCUGACCAUCCAGCGCGUGAAGAAGGAGGACGCCGGCUUGUACAGCUGCUCUGCUUGUAACAGCCGCGGAUGUGACAGCUCUCAGGCCUUCUUGACAACUGAAGGUGCAGAGGAAAAGACCAACGUGGAGCUGAUCGUUCCAAUCGGCUCGGUGGUCAUCGCCAUGUUUUUCUGGCUGCUGAUCGUCUUUGUCAUCCGCGGGAGGAAGAGGCCAAACGGUGGCGAUUUAAAGACAGGCUACCUUUCUAUGAUCCUGGACUCGGAGGACGUGCCCAUGGACGAGCAGUGCGAGAGGCUCACCUAUGACGCCAACAAAUGGGAGUUCCCUCGGGACAGGCUGAAGCUCGGUGAUCCUCUGGGACGAGGGGCGUUCGGCCAAGUCGUGGAAGCGGCUGCCUUUGGUAUUGAGAAAGCCACCACCUGCACCACCGUGGCAGUCAAGAUGCUGAAAGAGGGAGCCACGUCCAGCGAGUACCGAGCCUUGAUGUCGGAACUGAAGAUUCUCAUCCACAUUGGACAUCAUCUUAAUGUGGUCAACCUGCUGGGAGCCUGCACCAAGCCUGGAGGUCCCCUCAUGGUGAUUGUAGAGUACUGCAAACAUGGGAACCUCUCCAGCUACCUGAAGAGCAAGCGUGGAGAAUACAGUCCAUACAAGAGAAAGAGAACGGACAGUCGGAGGUGGACAUCUGCAGGGGAUGAUGUCACUGAAGGAGAUCUCGGUCUGGGGAAGAUCGCCCGGUUGGACAUCUGCACGGGAACGGCCGUCUGCUCCAGCAGUGACGCUCCAGGAAACAGUGUCAGUCCUCAGGACGAGAGCUCAGACGAGGACCACCUGACCAUGGAGGACCUGAUCUGCUACAGCUUCCAGGUGGCCAAAGGCAUGGAGUUCCUCUCCUCCCGCAAGUGCAUCCACCGAGACCUGGCAGCCAGGAACAUCCUGCUUUCCGAGAACAACGUGGUGAAGAUCUGCGACUUUGGCCUGGCGAGAGAUGUCUACAAAGACCCCGACUACGUCCGCAAGGGAGACGCACGUCUACCUCUGAAGUGGAUGGCUCCUGAGACCAUCUUCGACAGAGUCUACACCACUCAAAGCGACGUGUGGUCCUUUGGGGUCCUUCUCUGGGAGAUCUUCUCCUUGGGAGCGUCUCCCUAUCCCGGGGUCUGCAUCGACGAGUCCUUCUGCAGGAGGCUCAAAGAAGGCACGAGGAUGAGACCUCCAGAGUACGCCACCUCUGAGAUAUACCAGACCAUGCUGGACUGCUGGCUGGAUCGUCCCACAGACAGGCCCACCUUUACUGAACUGGUGGAACAUAUGGGAAACCUGCUACAGGCCAGCGCUCGCCAGGAUGGGAAGGACUACAUCCCUCUGACUGCAGGAAAUGAUGUGACGUCCACGCCAGUGACCUCUGACCCCAGGAGGCCUCAGGGUGGAGAGACCCUGAACGCUCAGCCUCACUACGACAACGCCCUGUCUCUAGGGCAGAGCGAAAGGUGCCGACUCAGCAUCAAGACGUUUGACGACAUCCCUGUGGAGCACAGCAGUUUAGUGGGGGCUCACAUGGACUGUUCUCCAGAGGUCAAAGAUCCACAGCUGAUCACCACGCCCAACUUGAGUCAGCUGCUGCGCUGCAAGAGCAAAGAGUCGCUGGCGUCCGAGUCGUCCAAUCAGACGAGCGGCUACCAGUCGGGCUACCACUCGGACGACGCCGACGCGCCCGUCUACGCCAACGAGGAGGCCAUCAUGAAGCACAACAUGCUGAAGAAGCCUCCCCCUCCCCCUCCUCCCCCCGCUCCUCUCGCCGACAAGUUCAACGCCGAGAUCCGCUACAGCACGCCGCCCGUCUGACCUUUGACCCCUCCCCCUUCACUUGUGGCUGUACAGUAUUAUGGCGGCGUAGGAACAAUUGAGUUGUCACGUGGUGACUUCACGCACGGAGCUUGUAAACGCUAUCGUGUUUACACAGCCCGCUGACGGGAGGACACGCCCACUUCCUGAGGCCCGGUCCACCUACUUCCUGUAUGACAGGAAACACAUUUUUAGAGACGUGCAUCAGCUUUCUCCCCCCCCCCCCCCCCCCCCAGGAAGUUCUCUCUGUUGAAAGUGUGUACAGGUUAUUCCUCACA